UGACAGGAGGCGAGACUCGGUAUUUGGAGUUCUGCAACUUUUGAGCCAGCGCAUUCAAGAUCCAAAUUCCCUACUUAUUUCAGCUGACCCGAACCCAAUCAUUCACGCACCUGCUGACGAUCACGGGACAAAUUUUACGGCUACAAUUGGGCAUCUGCGUUUCCAACUCCAAGGACAAAAAGGUCCAGCUUCAUUCUCACCAUGUGCAAAUCGUCCUACCCUUAUUUCCCGAUAUCAUCAGGGGCAAGACAGUAAUUACAUGGACGGCAAACGAACCAGACCAAGCUUCGACCCUACCGAACCCUCGGCCGAAGCCGUCCAUCUCACCUUGCCUCUUACCCUCGCCGGCCCGUCCGUUGCCUCUCAGGUCCCGAACAUAUACCUACGCCACAAUCAUCUCUAAUGCCGUAUGCUGUAUCGACCGUACGAUCGGAAUCUCCUUCCAAACCCUUCUAGGGUUUGCCUCCCCCUAGAUCCCGUCCCCAAUUUCGGAAGCCUUUUGCCUCAAGGGUUUCGAUGCCGUAGCGCGCGAUCCGCACCGUCGCCGAUAGAUUCCGACCCAUCCACGCAGAUCGGACAUCUCUUGUCUCUCCAUGGGCCGAUCGAGAGGAGUCCCCAACUCCGGCGACGAAGAUCCGCACCAGAGAUCAAAGAGAAGAAGGGUUACCCCAAGUGGAGAGAACUUAGAGAAUAAUAGUACAGGAACAGCCGAAGGGAAGAGGGCUUUGUACCAUUGCAACUAUUGUAAUAAAGAUAUAUCAGGAAAGAUUCGCAUUAAAUGCACAAAGUGUCCGGAUUUUGACCUGUGCGUGGAAUGCUUUUCUGUAGGAGCGGAAGUUACACCUCACAAAAGCAAUCACCCUUACAGGGUCAUGGAUAAUUUGUCUUUCCCAUUAAUUUAUCCAGAUUGGAAUGCAGAUGAAGAAAUAUUACUCCUAGAGGGAAUUGAAAUGUAUGGAUUGGGGAACUGGGCAGAGGUUGCUGAACAUGUUGGAACAAAGACUAAGGCUCAAUGCAUUGAUCACUACAAUACUGCAUACAUGAACUCUCCUUGUUUUCCACUCCCGGACAUGUCACAUGUUAUUGGAAAGAAUAGGAAGGAGCUUCUUGCUAUGGCCAAAGGGCAUGGCGAUGAGAAGAAAGGAUUUUCAUUGCUUGGUGACACCACAUCCAAAGACUCUCCAUUUUCUUCACCAAGAAUCAAGACUGAAGAUUCUGGUAAAGAAGCUCAGUCUGGACGUUUGCCAUCUAGUCUAGAUGGAGAUCCUGUGGAUUCCAAAAUAACUGGUGCUGGUUACAAAGAUCCUAAUAUCACAGCUGUUGGUGCUGGUAAGAAAUCGUCUAGCAUGUCACAGUUGAAGGAUAAUGAUGGGGUCAAAAUUGAGGGUCUAAUCUCAUCUGAAGACCACUCAGAAAGGAGUAUUGGAGGGAAAAGACCUAAGGUUAGUGGAGAUGAUGGUCCCUCUCUAACCGAAUUGAGUGGCUAUAAUCCGAAGAGACAAGAAUUUGACCCUGAGUAUGACAACGAUGCUGAGAAGCCUCUGGGAGAGAUGGAGUUCAAGGAUAAUGACUCGGAAGCUGAUCGUGAAUUGAAGCUGCGAGUUUUGCGUAUUUAUCUCUCAAGGCUUGAUGAAAGGAAAAGGAGAAAGGAUUUUAUACUGGAGAGGAACUUGCUUUAUCCUAACCCGUUGGAGAUGGAGCUCUCCAAUGAAGAUAAAGAACUUUACCAGCAUUGGAAGGUUUUUAUGCGUUUUCACUCUCAAGAAGAGCAUGAUGCAUUGAUUCAGGGUUUGAUCCUUGAACGUAAAAUUCGGCAAAGAAUUCAAGAGUUGCAGGAGUAUAGGGCUGCAGGGUGUCGUACAUUAGCUGAAGGGGAAAGGUAUGCUGCAGAGAAGAGGAAAAGGGAAUCUGAAGCGAACAUGCUAAAAGCAAAAGACGGCAAUCAAUCAUUUGCAGGUGGUAAAGUGCUUCAGCAUGUCAAUCGACCUGGGAGCAAAGAUAAAAAGGAUCCAGAUGGGACCCCUGGCAUUGACAAUAAUAAAAUUAAAAGCAAUUCACGAAAUGAAUCCGGUGGAGCAGAUGCAUUUUCCACAACAACAGGACAUAUUGCUAGGAUACUAGAUCAAUGGGAUAUAACUGGUCUUCCAGGAGCAGAAUUGUUAUCCAUGGCUGAACAACAACUGUGCUGUCAGAUUAGAUUGUUGCCAGCACAAUAUCUUAAGAUGAAGGAGGUGCUGAUGCUGGAGGCUCUCAAGGGUUCUGUCCUGAAGAAAGCUGAUGCUUAUGAGCUUUUCAAGGUUGAGCCCAGUAAAGUGGACAGGGUUUAUGAGUUAGCCACGAAGAUGGGUUGGGUUCAAGUAUUAGCAGUCUUUUCACACGAAAUUGGGUUCAACUGGACAGAGGGUCGGUUGCUGUACAGAAGGGACGUUGUUUUAGCUUAUGGAUGAUUAUGUAUACUAGGUUGUCCGGAGUUUAAUAAAAUCACUCCCUUUGAACA